AUGGUGGCGGCACCAUCCUGGCGGCGACGACGGUGGUUCGAGCCCCAACCCUGGGCUCUCCUCCGCGGCGGCGAGGUCGAGGACCCAGGCCGCCCCGUGACCACCACUGCCACCACCGCCGCCAUCGCCGCCGGGCUGGCAGCGCUGAGCGCCUCCGGGGCACACCGGUUGUCGUCGCUGUCCACGGCCGCCGGCGGCGUCAGCCAGGCGGGCGAGGUCGUGUCGGAGGCGGUCUGCUGGGCGCUCCUGGCUGCGGUGGCCGGAAUGGUUGGGAAGAGGAGGAGGAGGAGGAGGUCGGGAGCGAUGAGGGCGCGGGCGGAUGAGGGUGAUGACGAGCUCCUGGAAGGAGGGAUGGGCCUGCUGUGGCCGGAUGAUGGUGCGUCCGCCGGCGGCGGCGGCGGCGGCGGUGCCGGUCAUGUCGGCGGCAGCAAGGACGCGUCGGAGAGGUCGGUAUGGGCUGUCGCGGCGGGGAUCGUGGUGGCCUGCUGCUACGCGGCCGAGAUCGGGGAGAUCAGCCUCUUUCCGGCGUUGACACCGCUUCUCCUGGUAGCGGACAGGAAGCUCCGGCCCCGGAUGGCCCCGAGUCCCCCCCAGUCUGGGCUCGCCGCCCUCGCCAACACGGUCUGGGGCACGACCCUGGUUGCCGCAGUUGCGAUGCUCGCCCUGGUCGAUUGGAGUCUCCUGGAACUGGCGCUGCCACUCCUUCCGGCGGCCGCGCUGCUCCUUGUUUACGCUGCCUUGAUGCCCCGGUCCGCCGGUGGUCCUCGCCUUCUCCCGCUUAUACCCGACAUCGAAGAGGCCAUCCAGCCCCUCUCUCACAGAAUUCUUAUCCUUCUAGGGGGUGUGCUAGGUGCCCGCCACACCUCCUGGUGUACUGCCACGACGCUGGGGACGUUUGGCUUGGUGGCCAGCCAAGACCCCUCGUUUCAGCUCUCCGACCUCGAUGCCGCCUUGCCCGUCAUUGUCUCUCUUCUCGUCCUUGCUCAGCUGGUCUCGGCAAUUCCGAAGCAGGCCAGAGGCAGGCUGCUCCUGUGGGCUCUAUGCCUCGUCUCUGUCGGGCCGUACCUGGCCAAUACGGCGGCCAUCGGGAGGGCGCAAUCGGCAGCCUUGCAUUCGCUCGAGCACCCGGUCGAGGUCCUUAUACGAAGUGCGAAGGCCGACUUUGAGCGGCUGCUGGAACGGCAGUCGAGGACGUACUCGGCCGCGGUGGAGGAAUAUCGACGCCGGUACGGGAUCGAGCCGCCCCCCGGAUUCAGAGAGUGGUUCGAGUUUGCCGUGGAGAAUCGAUCGCCCAUCGUCGACGAGUUCGAUAUGAUUUCCGAGUCCGUCUCGCCAUUUUGGAGGCUCGGCGGCAAAGAGGUGGCGCAGAUCAUGGACGAAGCGUACGACACGGCCGGCAUCGACCUGUGGCUCUGCUCCUUUUCGGGCGCCACCGCAGAGACCAGCUGCAGCCAUCCCGUGCGAACGUUCGACAGGCACAUCGGAGACCUGUUCAACACGUUGUUGGGCGAUCUUCCCGGCGUCCUGCCAGAUGCCAAGUUUUUGGUCAACCACCUCGACGAACCGAGAGUCCUCAUCCCGCCGGGAUCGGGACCUCCAAGCCCGGACAAGAAGAAGACCCUCAGCGUCACCGACUUUGCCGAGCGCCCGACCUGGGACGCCAUCACCAAGUACUGCGGCGCCUCACGGGUCGACCGGGAGCGAGGGCGGCGGUCACCUCCGCCUCCGCCUCCCCCGGUCGAGACGUACGGGCUCCCGCUCGUGACCAACCUCAGUGCCGCGCUCGACCUCUGCGCGCACCCAGAGUAUGCGGAGACGCACGGGCUGUUCCGGGCGCCGGCGUCGUUCCGGCUGAUCGAGGGCCUGGUGCCGGUGCUCUCGACGGGGAAGCCGUCGACCAUGUCGGACAUUCCGUUCCCGUCGCCGGCGUACGUGGUGGAGCCCGAGUUCCGGUACGAGCCGUCGGACGACGUGCCCUGGUCGCACAAGUCGGACCACCUGUACUGGGCCGGGUCGACCACGGGGGGCGUGGCGAGGACGGACAACGACUGGCGCCGCUUCCACCGCCAGCGCUUCCUCGCCCUGGCGCAGAACUUGGACCCCGAACAACAACACAUCUACCUCCGGCAAGAAGAAUCCAACGACCAGUCAGCGCCCGCCAUCCGAGCGACCCGGACCGGCUUCCUCAACACGCGGCUGUACCGGGCGUACGCGACGCGCAUCUUCCAGUGCCGGCCGGGGGCGGUGUGCCGGCGGGAGCGGGCGCACCUGCGCGGGCGGGCGCGGUGGGCGCGGCAGGCGGCGGGCGCGGCGCUGCGGGCGCGGCUGGUGCUGGACCUGGACGGCAACGGCAUCUCGGGCCGGUUCCGCCGGCUGCUGGCGUCGCGGUCGUGCGUGCUCAAGCAGACGGUGCUGCGCGAGUGGUGGCACGGCGGCGGUAGUGGUGAUGGCGGCGGGCUCGUCGUCCCCUGGGUGCACUACGUCCCCGUCAGCGUCGGCAUGGGCGAGCUGCCCGAGCUGGUCGCGUGGUUCCUCGGCACCGACAGGGGCCGCGAGGCGGCGCGCCGGGUCGGCGAGGAAGGGGCCCAGUGGGCCGCCCGGGCGAUGCGCGACGUCGAUUUCAAGGUCUAUCUGUGGCGCUUGGUGCUCGAGCUUGCAAGGCUGGCGGACGUCACGCGGGGGCCAUUAUUAACAGACUGA